UUACUUUACUACAUAAUGGCGCGUCAAUCGCAAUCGAGACUUCCCGGCCGGCCCGUUCCAUGGCAUCACAGCCGAGCUUCACCUUGGCGAUGAAAACGAUUCCUUUCAGUGUUUACUUGAAGCCGGCGGAGGAGAGGUGGUUUCCCCAGGGUCAGCGUUGGAUAAUAGCAAAACCAAUCUCUGCAUUGUAGAAAAUCGGGAAAUUAAGAAACGUCAACUUUCCUUGUAUGCCAGUAAAGGCUUAUAUUGCGUCCCGCCCGUCUAUCUGAGGAAUCUUAUCCUGGCCGUGGGCAACAAGCUGCAAUGGAGUGAAUCAGUUUUGCCAGUGUUCCUUCCUUAUCUUUCAAACUUCACCGUUUCACUCUGGAAAGUCCCAAACAAAUCGUGGUAUUCCCAUUCAAGGAAAUAACAGUGACGUAAGACAAGACAAAACCGGUCUAACUUUUGGCACUAGACAUGAAAAGCUUGCGGCGCAGGUAUUCUGGUAUAAAAGACGAGUGAGACCUUGGAUGGACCAUCAGUUUACUAUCUCAUUUCAGCUGCAAAACAAACCAGCAACGCAACACUAUGCUCCUAUUGAACGCAUUGGUGAUCCUUAUGGUGUCAGCUUAUGCGGUCAAUGGCCGGCCAACUGAAACUUCAAAGAUCACCAGUUCAUCCGGGUCUGUCGUGGAAAACCAAGGUUGGAAUGAGAGCCAGCGGCCAACACCAAACAUCCAUCCCGUCAGUCAGACUGUGGCCAGCACCGCCGAUUCCAUUCCGAAUGGAUCCUCUUCCACCGGAAGCAGCAGCAGCCUACCAUCUAACGUCAACCACGAUGUCUUUUCAAAUCAGGUAGACUUUGCAGGUGCCGAUGCUCAUCGUGCUUUUGCGUCACUCUUCGGUAUCCCGAGUAGCGGUUUCCUUGCCAAUCCUGUAGAAAACCAAGUUGCUGGAUUCGUUCCAAGGGGAUUCCGAGCAGGGUCCGGUGUCUCCGCCUCUGCCGCCGCCGUUUCUAUUUCCUCAUAAACAAUCUAUAAAUGCUUGAAUCAUGAUCCACAAAGCUUUCCAACUGUUAAUAGUUAAUAUUAUGUUCAACUGUAAAAAGUAACUAGACAUCAUCAUCAUUGUUUUUUCACCUCAUAAAUCUGUACUUUCAUUUUCUACUGCGUAAGGAAAUGCCAUGAACUGAUGAACAGCGCCAUUUUCUUUGUUAUUGCGUCCGCUAGAAUAAUAAAUGGUGGCUUCUACUCCAAA